UAGCAUUGACGUUGCCAUGGUAAUAAACGUUUAAAUAACUGAUAUUUGCACAUCGACGGCUCAGCAACACAUGCAGACAGAUAAUUUGACAUUUAGAGGAACUGGAUGUAUUAUUCAUGAGUUGUGAAACUGAUUACCGUAAUUUUCCUCUGUCCAAUUUAAAAUCCAAGUUUAAGACUGCCGGCACGUCAACAGGGUGGUAUCUACAAAGGCCACUGGGAGCAAGCUACAUAACUUCUGUUUUCUUUGCAUUUAAAUUCAAGUCAAACCCAGUUCCGUCCAGGCCUUGAUUUGCUCCAGGCAGGACAAAAGUGACCUUAAGGAUAAAGCGUUCUUUCUGCUCAGCCGGACAUAGAUCUGACUGUCUUGGUGAACGCUAGAUCACUGCAAAAAAACAAUCAUGCUUGAAAUAUGUCACACACCAAUUGAAUGUGACAUUUACGAUUUGAAAGAAAGUACAAGUAACUGUUAUGCGUGGAUGUCUGGAAGCAAACUUCAUGAACCCAAGCAAUAUUUGUCUGACAGAUGUUUGUAAACCGUUUUGUUUGCGAACAGAGGAUCCACUAAGAGGUUCUCACCUCAAUUGCUCCAUUCUUUUUCCAUUUUUUUUUUUUUCAUAGAGGCUACAGUUAAGAGAAUGGGCAAAUCAGAAAGCCAAAUGGACAUCAUGGAGAAAUCCAGUAAACCUGGCAAACGUAGCUGGACGGUGGCAGAAAUCGGUCUAUCUGUGCUCCUGCUGCUGGUCAGCUGUGCCCUGGCCGGCCUGGUGGUCCUCUACACAUCCGCGCUGAAAGAACAAUCUCAGCAUUCGAGCGUGUCGCGGAGCUCAGCAGACAUGGGAGGUCAGCUGCGUCACUCCAAACUCGACACCGUGUGCACAACGGCAGACUGCGUUACAGCAGCGUCGCGGCUCCUGCAGAACAUGGAUGCGUCGGUGAAGCCCUGCGAUAACUUCUACCAGUACGCCUGCGGGGGCUGGCUGGAGCGCCAUGUCAUCCCCGAGACCAGCUCGCGUCACAGCGUCUUUGACAUCCUCAGGGACAAGCUGGAGAUUGUGCUCAAAGGUGCUUUGGAGACGCAGAGCGAACAAGACAGAGAUGCCAUCAAGAAAGCUAAAAUCCUUUACAGCUCCUGCUUGAAUGAGAGCCUCAUCGAGCAACGCGAUUCUCAGCCCCUCCUGAGGCUCAUCGACACUAUUGGCGACUGGCCUGUGACUUCUGAUGACUGGAAUGCCACCUCUGAAGAAGAAUGGAACCUCGAGGACACUCUGGCCACAAUGACAUCUCGCUUUCACAAGAAGGCGCUACUGGACAUGUACGUGUGGACCGACGACCGGGAUUCUCGGCGCCAUAUCGUUUAUAUUGACCAGCCAGGACUUGGGAUGCCUUCAAGAGAUUAUUAUUUCAAUGAUGGAAACUACAAAAAGGUUCGAGAGGCCUACCUUCACUUCAUGGUGGCCAUCGCCAAGAUGACACGGGAGGACAGGAACCUGACACAGGACGAUGAACGCGUGUGGGAGGAAAUGAUGCAAGUGUUGGACCUGGAGACGGACAUUGCCAACGCCACGUUGCCGGCUGAGGAACGCCAGGAUGUCACUGUACUUUACAACAAGAUGACGCUGAACGAGCUGCAGAGCACAUUCAGCUUUAACGGGUUUAAUUGGAGACGGUUUAUUCAAGGCGUGCUAUCCAGCGUGUCUCUCGAUGUGGAGUUGGAAGAAGAAGUGGUGAUCUACGGCUCGCCUUACCUGGACAAGAUGAAUGAAGUCCUUGCCAGACAUAGCGUUCGAACUAUGCAGAACUAUCUCACCUGGCAGCUGGUCAUUGACAGAGUUAACAGCUUGAGUCGUCGUUUCAAAGACGCCAGGGCCCGUUACAGGAAGACUCUGUAUGGAACAACAGUGGAGGAUGCCUGGUGGCGAGAUUGUGUUCGUUACGUCCAGAGCAGCAUGGAGAAUGCCGUCGGAGCGCUGUACGUACGUGAGACUUUUGCCGGAGAAAGCAAACGAAUGGUCAGCGAUCUCAUCGGGAAGAUCCAGACAGCGUAUGUAGAAACACUGGAGGAGCUAAGUUGGAUGGAUGCACCUUCCAAGGAGAAGGCCAGAGAGAAGGCCAUGGCCAUCAAAGAGCAUAUUGGCUAUCCAGAUCACAUUCUGCAGAAGAGUAACCAGAAGCUGGACCAAGAGUAUGCUCACUUGAAUUUUAGCGAGGAACACUACUUUGAGAACAUUCUGGAGAACCUCAAGUCUGAAGCCCACAAGAGUCUCAAAAAGCUCAGAGAGCCAGUGGAUCCCAACUUGUGGAUCAUCGGACCGGCCGUGGUGAAUGCUUUUUACUCUCCCAACAGAAACCAGAUCGUGUUUCCCGCAGGCAUCCUGCAGCCGCCUUUCUUCAGUAAAAAUCAACAGCAGGCUCUGAACUUUGGUGGAAUUGGAAUGAUCAUCGGCCACGAGAUCACACACGGAUUCGAUGACAACGGGCGUAGUUUCGACAAGGACGGCAACAUGCUCAACUGGUGGAGUAAUUACUCUGCGGAGCAUUUCAAGGAGCAGUCACAGUGCAUGGUGCAGCAGUACGGCAAGUUCAACUGGAAGCUCGCGGGUGGACAAAAUGUAAGCGGAAUCAGCACUUUAGGGGAAAACAUUGCAGAUAACGGAGGGGUUCGGCAGGCCUACAAGGCUUACCUGAAGUGGGUGGAAACAGAAGGCGAAGAGCCUCGUCUGCCCGGUUUAGACAUGGAUCACAAGCAGCUGUUCUUUCUUAACUUUGCCCAAGUUUGGUGCGGUGCAUAUCGGCCGGAAUAUGCCAGUCAGUCCAUCAAGACGGACUCUCACAGUCCGUUGGAAUACAGGGUUCUCGGUUCGCUGCAGAAUUUUGAAGCUUUCUCAGAAGCGUUCCAGUGCCAAAAAGGCAGUCCAAUGAACCCAGAGCAAAAGUGCCGCGUCUGGUAGAAAGUUUUCCACUUCGUUUGCCAUAUUUCCUGUGACGGCGGGCUGAAAGGAGACACUGUCUUCAUGCUGACUGUCCUGCAAAAGGCUCAUUUAUUUGAGGUGACACCAUGUACUGAGGUCACUGUUCUCAUGUUUGCAACCAGUGACAUCGUGGAUUCGUUUCAUGGCUUGAAGGUCAACUCACGAGGCAACGCUAACAUUUUGUGUCAAGCAUUUUCUUCUGGGAAUUGUCCAAGCAAAUCUGGAGAGCAGAUCUUUGUGAUUAAUGUUUUCAUUUGACCGCUGCGGAGUGAAUCACGGCACGCACUCGCAAAAGUAAUGGAAACAUCGGCGGCGACAAGAGAAUUAGUUCCGCCCUGCGAGUUUGCCUAAGUGCAGCAAAUUACCUGAGAGACUUAAGACUUCAGUCUUUGCAGCUUUUACCACAAAUUAACAUUCAAAGUGAACUGCAGCUUUUAACGAUAAGUCAGCAAAUAUUUCAACGUGGCUUUUCGGAAGCUUUCUGAGUGCCUCAGACAUACUUCAACUUUAGGGAAUAAUUGUAGUGAAUUGAAAGAACUAGAACAGUUCGAAGAACCUGUCUGACCCAUGAUUGGUUUGAAUUUUAAUUGAUUGGUUGAGGGGGAAAAAAAAUCAAUUAAAAUGGUUAACAGUUCAAAUCAUCAAACAUUUUCAUACAGUACAAGUACCCGUUUUAUGUAGUUAAUUGUCAAUUGUAAGGUAAAAACAACAACUGCUUAAAAGCAAUGUAGCAAACAGAAUUUCCGGCUUGCCUUAUCAUAAUCGAUUCACCACAAAAAAAAUGUCAAACAAAACCGAGUUUUUGUUACGAUUGGGAUCAGGGCGUUGUGGAUUUCUUGACUAACUCGUGCUUUUAGUCAAAUGUUGAGUCGUCUGUGCAUGGAACUGUUGAGUUCUAAGAGUCUGUUGUGUAUUCAGGUUUGGUAGCUGACUACUUUUCGAAUUGUAAAACAAGUGAAACACCGAUUGUAGCUAAGAUGUCGUUUAAAAAAAAAAACAAAAAAAAAACAACAACUUCUACUACAACAACAGCAAACAACAACUCUUGCGCGAGUUAUCAUGAGGAUGGCUUUUGGCUAUAAAUUCCCUCCCGGGUGUCAUUAACUUUUCCUCGUCGCUUAUUAAUUGCUGAUUCACAUCAAAAAACAUCAACUACAAAGGACAACAAAAACAACUGCCGACUAUUAAUAAAAAUGGUGUCACAAAAGACACCUAAACUUUACCAAUGUAUAAAAAAAGUGCUUUAUUUGUUAUCGAUUUUCAGUACCGCUUUCGGGGAUAAAUUCCCUUUGUCGUCAUUACCAUUUUCUUUGUUGGCUUAUCAUCGCUAAUUCCCAAAGAAAUGUCAAAGCAGCAUAAAAAAUAAAGCAGACUAUCACUUUG